AUGAUUUCUCAACACUUGAGUGGGAUGCAAGUCUCAACUGUUAGUACUCAAGAGGCACCUUAUGACAUAAAUGGAGGCUUCAACCAAGGGAAACAUUAUGGUUAUGGUCAACCCACUCUUGAGCAAGUUAAUUAUAUGAAAAAUUCCUCCAGAAAUCCCAAUAAUGAUUCUUAUUCUAAUGCAUUCAAUCAGGGAUGGAGGAAUCACCCUAACUUUGGGUGGAAAGAGCAACUUCAGAGGCCCCAGCCAAACUUCAACAACAACUCUCAGGGCCGUUUCAAUCAGAACAAGUUCAAUAAUUUCAACAACCACCAAUUUCAAACCUCUCAGCCACAGCAAGCAUCCACUCAGCCUCAGAAUACUCCUGACUUGGCCUCUUUAGUUGCAAAACUUUUCAAGAGCACUCAUAGCUUUAUAAAGGAGACUAGUACUUCCAUUCGGAACUUAAAAGUACAAGUGGGUCAACUGAGUAAGAGGAUACCUGAGAGAUCUACUAACACUCUUCCUGGUGACACAGAGGUAAACCCAAGAAAAGAGUGUAAGUCCCUCACAAUGGAUAAUGAAUCCAUACUAAAGAAGGUGGUACAAGUUGUUAAGGAGUCAGAAGAGAAGAAAGAAGCUCCAGAAAGGGCUGAGGAUACACUGACACACGCCCCCUCUAAGGCACCUAUGCACAAAAGCUCCAAGAGGAGACCAAGGACUAGUAGCACUCUCAGUUCUUGGAAGUCUUUAAAAAGCUAA